AACUCAGACCAGACAGAUCAAAGAGUCAUGAUGUCCACUUACUUCUGCUUCCUAGUCUCUGUCUUGAUCGGUAAGAACUACGCAGAGAUGACCUGUCAAACUGUCCAGCAGAAGGACACCGCCACGCUGAGUUGUGGGCACUCUGAAGGUGAUGUAACAUGGAGCAGAGACCAAGAUGGAGGAAGAGUUGACAUUCUGACUGUGAGAAAAGGACAGGACAGCGAGGACAAACACAUUCAUGACCCAGGCAAACGUUUUAGUUCAGUGGCAGACAAAUCACUGACUAUUUUGAGAGUGAUUUCCUCAGAUAGUGGGGUGUACUACUGCAACGGUGAACCAGUGGUGAAUCUGACAGUGACACCAGAAAAAGUCCCAGAAGAAGUUCAGAAGAGAACAUGUGUUCCAAAAAGUCCACCAACUACAAAUGUCACCAUGACCACUCACACCACUAAGAACCCAACCACAAGAGUUAAGAACACAGAUGUCACCAUGACCCCUCACACCACUAAGAACCCAACCACAAGAGUUAAGAACAAAGUGACUACAAGGACAGUGUCAGUGGGUGAAGAGAGUGAAACCACAAAGAAGGAUGAGAAGAACAAGAAGGAUGACAAAAAGAAAAAGAAGGAUGGAAAGAAAAAAGACAAGGAGGAAAAGAAAGAAGUGAAGAAUGAGAAGAAGGAUGAGAAGACAAAGAAUGUCACCAUGACCCCUCACACCACUAAGAACCCAACCACAAGAGUUAAGAACAAAGUGACUACAAGGACAGUGUCAGUGGGUGAAGAGAGUGAAACCACAAAGAAGGAUGAGAAGAACAAGAAGGAUGACAAAAAGAAAAAGAAGGAUGGAAAGAAAAAAGACAAGGAGGAAAAGAAAGAAGUGAAGAAUGAGAAGAAGGAUGAGAAGACAAAGAAUGUCACCAUGACCCCUCACACCACUAAGAACCCAACCACAAGAGUUAAGAACAAAGUGACUACAAGGACAGUGUCAGUGGGUGAAGAGAGUGAAACCACAAAGAAGGAUGAGAAGAACAAGAAGGAUGACAAAAAGAAAAAGAAGGAUGGAAAGAAAAAAGACAAGGAGGAAAAGAAAGAAGUGAAGAAUGAGAAGAAGGAUGAGAAGACAAAGAGUCAUUGGCGGCUGCUUGUGGGUGUAGCCGCUGGAGGACUGGUGCUGGUUCUGUUUCUCUUGCUUGUGGGGUUCCUCAUUAGGAGACGCUGGGCAGAGGGUGACAGAGAUAGACGGUUAGACCACGUCUAUGCAGAAAUAUCAGAUGUGACGCAACAACCAAAGGAUGAAUCUUUUUCCCUUUCACCAGGUUCUUCAAGUCCUAAAGAACAUUCUGUUUACAAUCUGGCUGGUGCACAGGAAGUUAUUACUAUGGACCCCAUAUAUCACACAAUCCAGGACCCUAACAUUACAACAAAUCUCAGCAAUGGGGAAAACCCUUACUUCUUGGCCCAGAAUCCAGAUGUUCCUGAGACCAGCUUUGACUAGAUCUUCUCUUCUGUUCUCUAUCAUCUACAGUGUUUGAUGAUCCAUUUGAUUUAUUAAUUACAUACAUAAUCGUAAUUUUCUCAUACAAAUAUUUAUAGAAAAUCAUUAUCAGAUUUUCUUUCAUUGUGAGUUGGUGCAACUUAUUUGGAGGGAUGUGCAGAGAUGGCUACAGUCCAGGGAAUUCGAACUCUUACAGCUGACAGUGAAAAUAAUAAAGUGAAUGUUUUUCUUUGAAAAUAAGAAAUUAGACUUGAUUUUUAAUAUUUUGUUGUUUUUUAUGCUUAAGAUGUUGUAAGGCUAAGACCAGUUUUAACCACCGGGAGAAUGAGGUUUUGAGUUCAUCGUUGAAACUAAAAGACAAAAAAAUAAUAGAGAUUUGAUUAGUGUUUAAGCGUGUAUGCGUGUAUGAGCAUGUGUGUGUAU